CCUCGUUCCGAGGCACCGAGGCCCGGAGGAUGUGAGCAUUACGGAGUCAUGCUAAUCGGCGAGGAGCCAGGAGGCGGCGUCCGAAGCACCGUUGCAGGAGCCGCUCUGAGAAGAGAUGGCCGAGGAGCCUACGGCCGCGCCCUUCGACGGCACCAUGCUCAAGUUCCUCACCCACAAGCUCAGGAGCCACUCGCUGAACGAGGACCCCAACCAGGAAAAGGUGGAUGAUGAUCAUGAUUCCGGUACCGAAUCAGAUGACGAAUUUAAAAAUAGUGGUGACAUCACCGAUGAACUCUCCACUGCAAUGGACAGUCUGGAGGAAGCGGCCGCCCGGGACAGCGCGGUACCGUCGGACGCGGACCUCGGGGUGUCGCCACCUACGUCGACGACGAUCUACGGGUUGAGGCACCAGGCGGCGAGCAGCAGCAGCGGUUGCAGCAGCACGGAGACACCUCCGAUCGAGCAGUCGUACGACUUCCUGUUGAGGCUCGCCCAGACCGACCAGCACAGCUCCGAGGAGGAGCUCGAGGUGAUAAACGGGCCGAGAUUCGCGGAAGCCGCGGCUACCGUCGCCCAGGCGCCCGUACCCUCGAGGCCCAGCGCUGCCCCGGAGAAGCGCAAAUGGUCCGAGGCGAACAGCGGCUGUGGACAGCAGCAGCUACAGACUCAGCAGCAAAGGCCCGACGACGGAGAGGCCGCCGGCACCGUAUAUUCGGCGCCGGUUAGUCGAACCGGACGGGAGGCUGGUUCCGGGUCCAGCGACGAGGAGGUCCAGGGCCUGUGCUACAGCCGGGCGAUCUCCCAGCCGGUGCAGUUCCGUAGCUCGCCACCGACGGACGCCCAUAAGCCGGUGCGAUCGCUCUCGCCGCCCCCGAAGCUCUUUCACGCCUCGGCUCACGCACACCACCACAGGCCCCGUUCGCGGCCAAGGCCCCACGCGAGCCUCGAUCACCACCACCAUCACCACCAUCAUCACCACCACCACCAUCACCAUCAUCAUCAUAGUCACAACCACAGCCACAAACAUAAUCUAGAUGAGCAGGAGCAGCAGGAGCAGCAGCAGCAGCAGCAGCAGCAGCAGCAGCAGCAGCAGCAGCAGCAGCAACAACAACAACAACAACACAAGCAACACCACCAUCAUCUACAUCAGCAGCAGCAGCAACAACAACAACAACAACAACAACAACAUGAACAGGACAUGGCGGAUCUUGACGUGAUCGGGGCUUGCAGUCCCAGAAAGAGACACAGGCCGCCCCACAGAUUGCCCAGGCCCUGUCUUGACUUUGAAAAGAUGCAGCAGAUGAAGACGCAAGCGGUGACAACGUGGAGGCACACGAGCGAACACGGGAAGGAGCUAUCGGUGUUUUGCUGGUGAGAAUGGUGAACCGUGGAUCUCGAUGAGGAUCCGCGGUAACGCGUACCAAGGCGCGACGAAUCAAAUUGGCCCAAUCGCCAUCAUCCCGCCAUCAUCCCCCCUUAGCCCAGACUUCGUCGU